CCCGAGGAGAGGGGGCGUUUCCCCGCCCCUAGCCCUGCGCGCGCGGCAGAGCCGGGCCCGGGGACCGACAGCGGGCUACAGAAUAACGUCCAUGUUUUGCUCUGGAUCGUCCCACCCUUCCAGAGGAAAGGCAAUGGCUGCAGCGGAGUUAGCUGAGGGGCCGGUGACCUUCGAGGAGGUGGCUGUGUAUUUCACCGAGUCAGAGUGGGCUCUGCUGGACCCCGCUCAGAGAGCCCUCUACAGAGAUGUCAUGCAGGAGAACUAUGAGAAUCUGACCUUGCUAGGCUACAGAAUAACGUCCAUGUUUUGCUCUGGAUCGUCCCACCCUUCCAGAGGAAAGGCAAUGGCUGCAGCAGAGUUAGCUGAGGGGCCGGUGACCUUCGAGGAGGUGGCUGUGUAUUUCACCGAGUCAGAGUGGGCUCUGCUGGACCCCGCUCAGAGAGCCCUCUACAGAGAUGUCAUGCAGGAGAACUAUAAGAAUCUGACCUUGCUAGGGUUUCCAGUUUCCAAACCUCAUGUGAUCUCCUGGCUGGAGCAAGGGGAGGAACCAUGGGUCCCAGACCUCCAGGAAUCUGAGGAAAGAGAGACCCUGAGAGAUGCCUGCACAGCAGAUGAUGGGAUGGCGAAUGAGGUGGAGAAUCCUCAACGAGACGAUGCUGAGCAAGUAGAAGCACAUGGGACAUUCUCAGAAAGAUCCAAAGGGAAUGUUUCCUGGAAUUGUCCACAGGCAAACAACUGUGAGAGUCAGCACAGACCAGGGGAAAAGUUCAGUAGAGGUUCAGACCUUAUUAGACAUGAGAGAAUGAACACAGGAGAAACACCCUACAUCUGCCUGGAGUGUGGGAAAACCUUCAAACAUAACAAUGCCUUUAUCAUACAUCAGAGAAUCCACACUGGAGAGAGACCAUACACAUGCCCCGAGUGUGGGAAAAGCUUCAGUCGCAGCUCAAACCUUACCACACAUCACAGAAUCCACACAGGGGAGAAACCCCACACUUGUCAUGAGUGUGGGAAAGGCUUCGGUCGGAGCUCAGAGCUUAUGUUACAUAGGAGAAUCCACACAGGAGAAAGACCCUACACUUGCUGUGAGUGCGGGAAAAGCUUCAUUCGGAGCUCAGAGCUUAAUAAGCACCAGAGAAUCCACACUGGAGAGAGACCCUUCAGAUGUACUGAGUGCGGGAAAGUCUUCAAUAAUAGGUCUCAGCUUGUCACACAUCGGCGAAACCACACAGGAGAGAGACCCUACUCAUGCCUUGAGUGUGGGAAAGGCUUCACUUCUAGCUCACAUCUUGUCUCGCAUCAGCGAAUCCACACAGGGGAGAGACCCUAUUCAUGCCCUGAGUGUGGGAAAAGCUUCAUUUCUAACUCACAGCUGGUCUCACAUCGGAAAAUCCACACAGGAGAGAGAUCCUAUUCAUGCCCUGAGUGUGGGAAAAGCUUCAGUCAUAGUUCACAGCUUAUCACACAUAAGAGAACCCACACAGGAGAGAAACCAUACACAUGUCCUGAGUGUGGGAAAAGCUUCAGUCAGAGCUCUGCCCUUGUCACACAUCAGAGAAUCCACACAGGUGAGAAACCCUACACGUGCCUUGAGUGCGGGAAAAGCUUCAACCGGAACUCAUUGCUGAUCAUGCAUCAGAGAAUCCACACAGGUGAGAGACCCUACACGUGCCUUGAGUGUGGGAAAAGCUUCAUUCGGAGCUCAUUGCUGAUCAUACAUCAGAGAAUUCACACUGAGGAGAGACCUUACAGAUGCCCUGAGUGCGGGAAAGCCUUCAUUUGUAGCUAUCAGCUUGUCUCACAUCGGAGAAUCCACACAGGAGAGAAACCCUACUCAUGCCCUGAGUGUGGGAAAAGCUUCACUGAUAGAUCACAGAUGAUCAAACAUAAGAGAAGACACACAGGGGAGUCCCCCUACACAUGCCCUGAGUGUGGGAAAAACUUCAGUUCACACUCACACCUUAACGCACAUAAGACAAUUCACACAGGAGAGAGACCCUACACAUGUUCUGAGUGCGGGAAAAGUUUCCGUCAGAGAUCAAACCUUAUCGAACAUCAGAGAAUCCACACAGGGGAGACGCCCUAUAGCUGCCCUGAGUGUGGGAAAAGCUUCCGUCGGAACUCAGAGCUCAUCAUACAUCAGAGAAACCACACAGGAGAGACGCCCUACACAUGCUCUGAAUGCGGGAAAAGCUUCAAUCAGAGAGCAAACCUUAUCACACAUCAGAGAAACCACACAGGAGAGAGACCCUACACAUGCUCUGAGUGUGGGAAAAGCUUCAUUCGGAAAGGAAACCUUAUCACACAUCAGAGAAACCACACAGGAGAGAGACCCUACUCAUGCUCUGAGUGUGGGAAAAGCUUCAACCAGAGAGCAAACCUUAUCACACAUCAGAGAAACCACACAGGAGAGAGACCCUACACAUGCUCUGAGUGUGGGAAAAGCUUCAUUCGGAAAGGAAACCUUAUCACACAUCAGAGAAACCACACAGGAGAGAGACCCUUCAGAUGCCCUCAGUGCGGUAAAGGCUUCACUUCUAGCUCACGGCUUGUCUCACAUCAAAAAAUCCACACAGGAGAGAAUCCUUAGUCGUGCCCUGUAUGUGGGAAAGGCUUCAGUCAUAGUUCAUGGAUCAUCACACAUCAGAGAAUCCACACAGGAGAAUAACACUAUACUUGUAUUCAGGAGGGCUGCCCAAAGAUUUUUUGUUUUGGAUUUUGUUUUGGUAAUACGUUGGCUAAUUCCUACAUAUUGGUCUUUAAGGUCAAUUGCACCAUUUCCUUUACUGUAGUCUCUCAGCUCCCUUCUGGUGAGUUGCCACCUUCUAUCUUUUGCAGCUCACCUUACUUUGGGGUGAAUCCUGUGAACAUUUCUAUCAACUCCUUUGUCUUAUGAGUUAUGGGAAUGUGUGUCCCUCUUGACAGAAAUGUCCAUCAAUCCGAGUUGGGAGAGAGAGGGUUGACCUCAUCUAGCUACAGUGAGAUAAAAACUAUAUGUGCCUUGUGUCCACCAGAACUCUACAUUGAGUAGACCAUGUCUACACUACCACUUAUGUUGGCAAAACUUACGUCGCUCAGGGGUGUGAAAAAAACCCACUCCUGAGUAACACAAGUUUUGCCGGCAUAAUUGGCAGUGUGCACAGCGCUAUGUCAGUGGGAGAGCUUCUCCCGCCCACAUAGCUACCACCACUCAAUGGGAGUAGUUUAAUUAUGUUGACGGGAGAGCUCUCGCCCACCACCAUAGAGCGACUUCACAAGAGAUGUUACACCAGCGCAGCUGCAUCACUACAGCUGUGCCACUGUAAGGUCUCUAAUGUAGACACAGCCUAAAUUGCUCAAAUUAGCUAUCUUGGUGUAAAAACACAACUAUCUUUUCAGGGCAGACAUAACCCAGGUGCAGUGGUGUGGUUAGCUUUCCCCUUGUGCUGACCUGAUCUCCAUCACCCUUCCUAGUCCUGAUAAACCCUGAGCAUCACAUUGCAAAGUGAAUGUUAGUCACCAGAUUUCCUGGUUGGGCGAGAGUCUCAUUCCCAGGUUUUCUGACAUUACUUGUGGUUGUUCUGAAGAGGAGGUAGUUUUUCUACCAGUUUUCUGAUUUAGAAUAUAAUGAGAUGUAAUUAAAAGGCAGGAGGAAAGGUAGAAAAAAAGUAUCAUUUCAGCCUUUCCAGAUGGAAAGAUUGGCUGAUUUGCCCUAUUAUGAUGAUGCUAAAACCUUUGUAACUAACAUGAUGUGAUGUUAUUGACAUAAACUGGGACCAUAUAGAUCAUUGUUGCAACCAAGGUCCUGUAGUGGCACCCAAAUCUUAUAUAAAGGUGGUCAAAUGGGGUGUCUAAGACAAGGUUAUGGUUUACUGGUAUGAUUAUGCUGUCUAUAUGUGUGUAUCAGUUUUGUAGUCGAAGUUAUGAAUAUUGGCUCUAUACUGUCUGUAUGGCAAAUUUAUGCUAUGCUUCUGGGUGAUAUCCCAGACAAGCUGGGAUUAGCUCUGCCUAGCCUGCUUGAUGGCCCAUUAAGGAGCAUCAGCUAUACAAUGGACCCAUUGAGAGAAGGCAAAUAUGCCUUCAGACUCAGCAAAGUAUGCAGGGACUGGCCCAUGUGACUCCAGGCUCCAUCUUGCUGUAAUUUUCCACAAUAAGAACAAAGCGGUGUUCUUACACCUGGAAAAGACUAUAUAAGUCUGAUGCCUCAUCUCCAUUUUGUCUUCAAUCCUGCUUCAUACCUCUGGAGGAACUUUGCUACAAGCUGAAGCUUUGAACAAAGGACCGAGGACCCAUCCCAGCGGGGGAUGUAUUCCAGAGACUUGAUUUGAACCUGCAGUUUAUUCUAUCGCUGCUGCAAGCCUGAACCAAGAACUUUGUUGUUGUUGUAUGUAAUUGAUUCCAUUUAACCAAUUCUAACUCUCAUCUCUAUCUUUUUCCUUUUAUGGAUAAACCUUUAGAUUUUAGAUUCUAAAGGAUUGGCAACAGCGUGAUUUGUGGGUAAGAUCUGAUUUGUAUAUUGACCUGGGUCUGGGGCUUGGUCCUUUGGGAUCAGGAGAACCUUUUUCUUUUACUGGGGUCUUGGUUUUCAUAAUCAUUUGUCCCCGUAACAAGUGGCACUGGUGGUAAUACUGGGAAACUGGAGUGUCUAAGGAGAUUGCUUGUGAGACUUGCAGUUAGCCAGUGGGGUGAGACCGAAGUCCUCUUAGUCUGGCUGGUUUGGUUUGCCUUAGAGGUGGAAAAACCCCCAGCCUUGGGCUGUAACUGCCCUGUUUGAGCAAUUUGUCCUGAGUUGGCACUCUCAGUUGGGUUCUGCCAGAACCGCAUCAUCACACAUGACUGAAUUGUAAUGAGGUGGUGCUGAGUGAAGAAGGUUUGAAUGGACCAGAGGACAGCGUAAUAGGAAAAUCGGUUCUAAUUUGGCAUCAUGAGAUGUAAGAUGCUCUGGAAUUUCAUUUUAUAUGAUAUUGAAACUGUCUUAUUCGCUUGUGUGUUGUGGGUUUUUCUCUUUCCUGAGGGCUUUUGAUAACAUAACUGGAUAUUAGUUUUUUGUGAUAGGGUGAAGUUCAGGUUUUUGGUGGAUUUUGAGACAAAUGACCAUUUACUUAAAACAAUUUCUUUUUGUGCGUGUCUUUUUUCCACUCCUCCAUUAUGGCAUGGAGAAAGUUCAAGAGCAGUUCAGUCAUCAGGAAUGAAUACUCAAAGAUAUUGGAUGUGCUACCAGAGAGAGAGUAGCAUUUUAAAAUUGUACAUCUAACUAUGGAACGAAAUUGAAUAACACUGUGAUCAUAUAGCCCUGGUCUACACUACAAGUUUAGGUCGAAUUUAGCAGCGUUAGAUCGAUUUUAACCCUGCACCCGUCCACACGACGAAGCCAUCUUUUUUGACUUAAGGGCUCGUAAAAUCGAUUUCUGUACUCCUCCGACGAAGGGAUUAGCGCUGAAAUCGACCUUGCCGGGUUGAAUUUAGGGUAGUGUGGUUGCAAUUCGAAGGUAUUGGCCUCAGGGAGCUAUCCCAGAGUGCUUCAUUGUGACCGUUCUGGACAGCGCUCUCAACUCAGAUGCACUAGCCAGGUAGACAGGAAAAGGCCCGCAAACUUUUGAAUCUCAUUUCCUGUUUGGCCAGCGUGGCAAGCUGCAGGUGAGUGCAGAUCUCAUCCAUGAUGGAGUCCCAGAAUUGCAAAAGAGCUCCAGCAUGGACAGAACGGGAGGUAUGGGAUCUGAUUGCUGUAUGGGGAGACGAAUCCGUGCUAUCAGAACUCCGUUCCAAAAGACGAAAUGCCCAAACAUUUGAAAAAAUCUCCAAGAGCAUGAAGGACAGAGGCUAUAACAGGGCCCCUCAGCAGUGCCGCAUGAAACUUAAGGAGCUCAGGCAAGCCUACCAAAAAACCAGAGAGGCAAACGGCUGCUUGGGGUCAGAGCCCCAGACAUGCCGCUUCUAUGAUGAGCUGCAUGCCAUUCUAGGGGGUGCAGCCACCACUACCCCACUCCUGUGCUUUGACUCUGUCAAUGGAUUAUCACGCAACAGGGAUGCACAUUUUGGGGUCGAGGAAGAGGAGGAGGUUCAAGCAAGCAGAGAAACCAUUUUCCCCGAGAGCCAGGAACUGUUUCUCACCCUGGAUCUAGUACCCCCUGUACCCACCCAAGGCGGGCUCCCGGACCUGCCAGGCAGAGAAGGGACCUCUGGUGAGUGUACCUUUGUAAAUAUAAUACAUGGUUUAAAAGCAAACAUGUUUAUUGAUUAAUUUGCCCUGAAGAUUGUUGGCAAUUUAGGAUGCAUUCGCGGCCAGGACAGCUACUGGAAAAGUCUGUUAACGUGUCUGGGGAUGGAGCGGAAAUCCUCCAGGGACAUCUCCAUGAAGCUAUCCUGGAUGGUCACUCCUCAUGAUCACCUGGUUGAAAUAGGCUGCAAAUGUUUCAACGCUGCCCCUAUCAUCUCCGUCCCAGAGGCUAGCGAAGAUUACAAGGUGAAAAAAACGCACUCGCGAUUAAAUGUUCUCUGAGCUCAUUCAGUCCUCCCACACUGAAAGAUCCCAGCAGAAUGCGUGGAGGCAAGCAAUGUCAGAGUCUAGGAAAGCACAAUAUGAACGCGAGGAUAGGUGGCGGGUUGAAGGUGAUAGGGGGUGUCAGCUUGCUGACAGAAGGCAGGAGGCAAUGCUGAGGCUACUGGAGGAUCAAACUGAUAUGCUCCGGGAUGGUUGAGCUGCAGGAAAGGCAGGAGCACAGACCGCCGCUUCAGCCCCUGUGUAACCAACCGCCCUCCUCCCCAAGUUCCAUAGCCUCCUCACCCAGACGCCCAAGAACGUGGUGGGGGCGCCUCUGGGCACCCAAGCACUCCACCCCAAAGGACUGCACAAGCAACAGAAAGCUGGCAUUCAAUAAGUUUUAAAGUGCAGUGUGGCCUUGUCCUUCUCUCCUCCCCAACCCGGGCUACCUUGGCAGUUAUACCCCCUAUUUGUGUGAUGAAUUAAUAAACAAUGCAUGAAUUUGAAACAACAA